UAAAUGGUCGGAGAGUAAGUCGUUUUCCGGUAAACAUGGCUUCCCACUGUUGACGGGGAAAUUUCUACAGCAACAAAGAGAGAUCCUUGAAAGUGAUUCUUUGAGCUACACGGUGAACUUGUUUAUCUUGAUAUAGUCUGCCUUCUGUUGCCAGGACAGGAGUGUAGCCAAGCCGUCGUCAUGGAAACAGAGGAGCAGGCCAGGAAUCGUUUCCAGUCCGAGCUGGAGUUCAUUCAGUGUUUGGCCAACCCGAACUACCUGAACUUUCUGGCUCAGAGAGGUGUCCUCAGAGAGAGACCGUUCAUCAACUACCUGAAAUAUCUGCUGUAUUGGAAAGAGCCCGAGUACGCCAAGUUCCUCAAGUAUCCUCACUGCCUGCACAUGCUAGAGCUGCUGCAGUAUGAACACUUCAGGAAGGAGCUGGUGAACGCUCAGUGCGCCAAGUUCAUCGACGAGCAGCAGCUGCUGCACUGGCAGCACUACUCCAGGAAACGCACCCGGCUGCAGCAGGCCCUCGCCGAGCAGCAGCAGCCCCAGCAGCAGCCGCCACCGCACGGGAACGCUGCCACCAAGUGAUGAUAUCACUGCAGGGGUGGCAGGAGGACUGUACAUAGGAAUAUUUAUAGAGCUCUGAUGCUGAAAGUGAUGGUUGAGACACUUCAGCGUGGUGUUUGUUUUCUUUCUUGCUUUACGUUGUUUGAACAGGAUGCUGAUUAAAGAUUGACGACCAGAGUUUGCACUGAGUGGGACAUUUUGGAGCUAGAUGACAAACUCAGUCUGAGCUCUGUCAGAUCAGCUGAACUUUAAACCAACACUGAUAAAUCUCGGUCCAGAGAUAAUGUGUCCACAUAGCUGCAGUUACAGUCAGUUUAUAGCUGCUUUUUCACACAUGCCCACAACUCCUGAACACUUAACAAAAUGUUCAGGGAACACAAACAGCUAAUAUUUCCACCCCGACUUCAUCUCGGAUUUUUCCCGCCAGCCCCCCUGGAAGAAAUUUUGGUUGAAUGAUGUAAGUUUACUGAAAGGAUACAAAAAAAAUGAAAUGAAAUAAUACAAUAAUA